CGCCGUCGAGACGUCUUCAAGUUAAAAUCCCGUGGAUGUUGUGGCUGUGUAAGAUGCCGCACACACAGGCCGAAGGCGUUAUAAGGAACAUCAUCCGAGAAAUCGCGCAGACGUGUUCAAGCAGAGGACAAACUCUGUGUGAGACGCUCAUCGCGUUCAUGGUCAAAGCUGUUGUUCUGGACCCCACGAAUCAUUUUAACGUGGACAGGACACUUACAAAGCAAGAUGUGCAGAAACUCAUAGAGCUGUGUGUGGACAGACUCAUGGACCAGACGAGUCCCACACUGAACACCAUUAAGAUGCAGGUUUACUUUGACAUGAACUACACUUCUCGACGUGAGUUUCUGGAGGUUCAGCAGAGGGUCCUGCAGUCUCGUCUGCUGUCGCUGAGCAGAGAGAUCACGGACUCUCGAGCCAAGACCAGAGACGACCUGAAGAACCUGUACGGCAAAAUAGUCAGCUAUGUCAUACAGCGCUCCAACCUCGGCUCAGCCACAGACAUUAACACUGUGAGAGAAACCACAGCGGCCCUGCAGAGCGUCUUUCCUCAGUCUCAGCUGGCGACCUUCAUGCCUCUGCUGAAACAAGACAAAGAGCAGCAGCUGAGUGAACUCACUCUGAUCGUCAGCGGCAUACGCCUCUUCAACAAGGACAGCAGGAAAGGAGGAGAGGGCAUCCAGAACCUGCCGGCCGUCCUGAACGAGACGGUGCCGGCCGCGGCCGCAGAUAUAGAGAAUCAACUGGCAGGAUCUCAGCGCUUGGCCUGGCAGUACACGGCCCUGCUGGAGAAGAUCUGUGAGCAGGACGCAGAGCACACCGAGUGUCCCGUCCACCCAGACCUGCUCAAACAGGCUCUGUAUAACGCACGACAACACGAGGCCUUCCUCAGAUUCAUACUGGCGGACGUCAUCCAGAGUGCGAAGGAAGUGACGCGGAUACAGUCUGACCUGAAGACUCGAUUGACGCUCCUGAAGGAUACCGUGCACACCAAGACCACAGUGCCUACAUCACAAGUGUUUCCUCAUUUUACAGCAUUGGCUUCACUCUGGGCGGGACUGGAAGGUGAGAUGCUGCUACUGAGCAUGCUCACUAACGUGGCGUCCGGUCUGAGAGCUUUCCUAUCAGCACAGUCUCUGCUGAGCCCAGACCAGCUGGAGCUGCUGCUGCUCGGGCUGCAGGUGCGAACGGACGCGGACAGAUGCUCCGAGACAGCAGUUUCAGAAGAGCGUAUUGUUGAGUCAGAGAUGAGCUCAUGUGAAUGGUGUUUUCCUGAGAGCACAGCUCACUUUGAGGACGUGCCGCUGCAGUAUAAGGGCUUUUGUGGCUUCACCCUUGUGAAGAAGAAUGGCCUUUUACUGCCAGGUAAUCCAAACAUCGGCGUCCUAAAGCACAAGGAGAAAUACUACACUUUCAGCUGUAAGAGCGCUGCGUACGAGUUCACGUCUAAAGCGGAUGAGUUUGUGUCUGCUGUGGUAGAGAUGGCGAAGAGAUGGCCUGAGCUCAUCCAGCUGCUCCAGCUGCAUCAGGAGUUCGCCAGCGUGACGCCCUACUCUGAGAUGCAGUCAGGACAGAAACUGCUGGUGAAAACCAUCUCUAAAAGUGACGCCAGUAUGCAAACAGAGAUACACCCUCUGGAGACCAACAUUGUGAAGUCCUAUGAGUGGAACGAGUGGGAGCUCAGACGAAAAGCCAUUAAACUGGCCAAUCUACGGAAUAAAGUCACACGCUCAAUGCAGACCGAUCUGAGUCACAUGAGACGACACAACAGCACGCAGACGUUCCUCCCUAAAGACGCCGGCAGCCAGACGAAGCGAGACGGAGAAAGUAACGUACCCAAACCACAGGUGUACCUGUCUGGACUGAGAGGAGGAACAAACACGAUGAAGGUGGAUUUAACCAGAGCUGUUGAUGAAUGACUUACACUCAGUAAACUCUCAAACCUGUUUGUUUGUGUCCUUUCUACACACGUGUCUGAAUGUGUGCUUCAUGAGCGCUGUGAGAAAGAGAGAAACGCCUCUGUAGUAACAGCUGUCACACGUCUGUGUGUCUCUUCAUGCUCUUCAGACGUGUUUGUGUGUGUUCUGAACACAUGUUGAGAAGAAACAGUUUUGGUGACCACUGACUUCCAUUAUAUCUUAGACAUUUCUCAUGAUAUCAUCUUUUAUGCUUUUAUUUUUGAGUGAACUUUAAGUGUCUCUUAAGAAGCAUUAACUAAUUUUAUGAUGACUAGGAAUGCACUUAGUUUACAUGCACUUAGGAAAUCUGCUGCAUUCUACUAAUUUUUUUUCAAUUUGUCCUUUGCCCUUCUUCAGUUUUGUAGGUUUGUCUGAAAUAAAGAACAGUAAAGAAAUAUUAUUAGAAACGUCUCUGACUACAUAUUAGAAUUUUUUUUUUAACAAAUUCCUGACAGUUAAAGGCUUAGUUCACCCAAAAAUGAAAAUUCUGUCAAUUACUCACCCUCAUGUCGUUCUAAACCCUAAGACACAAAUUACGAUUUUUGAUGAAAUCCAAGAGCUCUCUGACCCUCCCACUGACUGCAAAGGUCCUACCACGGUCAAGGUGCAGAAAGGUACCAAGAACAUUGACAAAAUAGUUCAUGUGGUUCAACCAUACUUUUAUGAAGCUACGAGAACUUUUUUUGUUAAAAAAAAAAAAACUAAAAUAACUUUAUUCAACAAUUCUUCUCCUCCGUGUCACUCUAGCACCAUUUUGGAGACACAACACAUGUGCGUGCUUUCCUUUGAACAUAAACAAGGUGCAGCACAUGCGUGUUCUACAUCAGCAGCACCACACACAUACGUUGUUUACGUGCAGAUCAAAGCACGGGCAAACACUGUGGGUACUCUCCAAAAUGGCACUAGGGUGACACGGAGGAGAAGAAUAAUAGCAGCUUUAAAGAAGCAUUAAUACAAUUACAAACUCUUUUCAUGUUGUAUUAAUACUACAGCAUAUUGUGUCAUGUUUAUCGAAAUGAAAGUGAAAAAAAAAAAAAGUGGAGAAUCUAUAAAACAGAUAUACAUUGUUUUCACUUUACAACAUUUGUGUCACUAUUCUUAAAAGCAAUGUAAAUUAUGUUGUUUAAAUAAAUUGU